AUGUUUAAUGUUGGCUUAAUACGAUGCAGCAGAGCGGGUCGACUGUCUACUACGUGUUACCGUGGUUACUCUGGGUCACACGAUUACCCCGGCAAUUUUCUAGAGGCAGGCCUUUUUGCACUUCCCGCCCCAGGAGCGCGCUCUCGGGCGAAGCUAAAAGCCGCCAGAGGGUUUACAGUUCUAGACCAAGAUACAUCCGCCCCCGUUAUCGGAACAAUAGUUAACCCGGGAGCUGCACCGGAUUCCCCGUCACACUGGUACAAGGUCCUCAUGGGGCUCUUGGUAGCACAUGGUUUCGCUGAUUCAAAAACUGAUUCAACGCUUACUUGCGGCUCCAAACUGCUCAGGCCCACCUGGAUAUACCAAUUCCUAAGUAGUAAGGAAACACAUCGAAAAAUCUCCACCUGGUUUAAAAUAUAUCACGUGAUCUCAUGGGGGCUCAGCGGCUAG